UCAAUUCGCUGCCGAACAUCGUGGGGUGUGUUUCAUUCUAAGGCGCUUGCUCCGUGCCGAUAAUCUAGCCGUGAGAAACGCGUCUUUCCGUCCGCUUGAAAUCUAAAUAUUUAUAAUCGCGUAUUUGUAUUAAAAUAUAAACGCCCGUUUAUUUAUGCGUUUUUGUGUGAGCUCUGACAGUUUAUAUUAGGGCGUGAAAAUAAAAUAAAAUUGGUGACCGAUUUAAAUAAAUAAUAAAUUCCCAAAAUGAGCCUAAAAUUGAUGGCGUUUGUCUGUGCUCUGCUGCUCCUGUGCACCUUGACCCAUGUCCUGUCGGCCGCGACCACAGUGCGUCCCUACAAGUUCGGCUUCACCAUCGACGAGCAGCAGCAUCGGGCAGAGAAGAGAGAUGAACGCGGCAUUAUCAUGGGCGAGUUUGGGUUCAUCACCGCCGAUGGUAUCUAUCACGUGACGGUCUAUGCCACCGACGAGGAGGGCAAAUUCCGGAUAAUCUCCAUGAAGAGCUAUCCUUACGCGGGUCCAGUUGGUUCAAAAAGUGUUCCUGUGACAACGACUCCAAAGGUCCUGCUUCCUGCAGCUCCGGUGGCUCUGCCCAAGUACAACUUCAACUCGGAGGCCUGUUCCGGUUGUUUCCUAAAAAAGUCCCCUCCCAAGACGGAAAUUCGCACACUUUCACAGCCAUUGGCUCCAGUUCAACCAGGUAAGCCCGAUGGCUCUUCAGACAUCGGCCUGAAUGUGCAGUUACCCUUCCGGGAAUCCAUUGCACAGACUGUGGCAAGUCGUCUUGGUUUGCUCCAAGAUACACUGCAAACCUCCAACACAAACACGAACGCACCAAACACUAAAACAAUCGAACUUGGUCUCAACAUAGCAAUGAGCACAUACUACACAACAAAGAAUGCUGUAACCGGACAUGUGAGCACGCAGACCUCCAAUUCGCAAACUCCGAGUGCCAACACAAAGAUCGACUACAAUGUGGGCGUGGUCGAGAAGGCUUCACCGCCGGUUUAUCGGCCAUUGAACAUCCGGUUGAACGAGGACGUUAUGAGACAAGCUAUUACAUAUGGAAACACAAUACCUGGCCAUGUGCCCUUGCCCAAUCAGCCACUUGUUGAAACCUCAUUGCUUCCAGCGAGUCAAGUAAAAAUCUUCGCUUUAGAUGGAAAUGCAAAGGUUCCACUUGCCAGUAACAUUCAAUCCGUAGCACAACAUCCGAAUGCGGGCCUUAAUGCAAAGGUUCCACUUGCCAGUAACAUUCAAUCCGUAGCACAACAUCCGAAUGCGGGCCUUAAUGCAAAGGUUCCACUUGCCAGUAACAUUCAAUCCGUAGCACAACAUCCGAAUGCGGGCCUUAAAAACAUUAAUAGAUCGGGAGUUUCUUCUGCGAAAACAUUGGCCAAUACGAAGACAAGACCACCACACACAUUUAACCCACACCAAACACCUCUUUUGAGUUCAGCCACCGCCCCGGGAAUUUCUGGAGUGACAGCGAAUACACCAACCGGAAAUGUACCCUCAAAUGGUGGAGGCAUCGCGGCGGGUAAAGCGCCUGGUAAUCCACAAGCUGGCGGAUCUGGAGGUAUUAUCGGUGCAGGAGCUCCAGGCGGAAGAAAAGUCUCGGCUGGUGGAAUUGGUUCUGGAAGUGCAAUUGGAGGAGUCUCUGGAGGAAGCAAAGCCUCAGGAAACGGCGGUGCAAUUGGAUCUGGAAGUGCAAUUGGAGGAGGGGCUACUGGAAGCAAAGCUUCAGGAUUUGGAUUCGGAAGUAAUAUUGGAGGAGGUGUUUCAGGCAGCAAACCUUCAGGGUUUGGAUCCGAAAGUAAAAUUGGAGGACCUGAUUCAGGCAGCAAAGCUUUAGGAUUUGGAUCCGGAAGUAAAAUUGGAGGAGGUAUUACUGGCACCAAAGCUUCAGGAUUUGGCGGAGAAAUCGGUUCUGGCCGUGGAAGUGCCUCAAGUGCAACGGGUGAUCUGUACAAAUUCAAGUACAUACUGGACUACAAUGGACACGAGGAGACCGGCGGUCGCAAUGGUGACAAGCAGGGUAGCUACUUUGCAAUCGGCGAGGAUGCAGUGCAGCGGACCAUUGAGUAUAUUGCGAACGAGUUUGGAUUCCAGCCCCACGUCAGCUGGCGGAAAUUGGACGCCAAGGAGGCGCUGCCCGAGGAGAAUUCACUGAAGCACUACGAGUUUAAAUGGUUUAAUCAGGAAUAGUAAUGAUACGGUGAUUUUCCGGUGGAUUAUUCCAAGACUAGAGUAGGCACCUCUUUUCCCCAUGCUGUACAUAACAAUUUUUGGUUAAUUUCGAAUAAAUACAACGUUAAAAG